AUGUUCCUGAGCGCGGGAGAGGGGCCGGCGCCCGAGGAUGGGGGGCCGGAGCCGGGUGAGGAAGCCCCCCGGAAGCGCCGCCGGAGCCGCACGACCUUCACCACGCACCAGCUGCACCAACUGGAGCGGGCCUUCGAGGCCUCGCACUACCCCGACGUGUACAGCCGCGAGGAGCUUGCGGCCAAGGUGCACCUGCCGGAGGUGCGCGUACAGGUGUGGUUCCAGAACCGCAGAGCUAAGUGGCGCCGCCAGGAGCGCCUGGAGUCCGGCUCCGGAGCCGUGGCAGCCCCGAGGCUCCCCGAGGCCCCAGCACUGCAGUUCGCCCGGCCCCCCACCGCGCUGCUACCCACCGAGCCCUGGCUGGGUCCGGGGCCCGCGGCCAUGCCGGGUCUGCCCCGCCUGCUGGGUCCCAGCUCGGGGCUGCAGGUGCCGCUGGGGGCGCACGCCCUGGGUCCAGGCCUGGUGGACGGCUUCACGCUGGAGGAGGCGUCCCUGAGGCUGCUGGCCAAGGAGCACGCGCAGGCGCUGGACAGGGCCUGGCCGCCGGCCUGA